CUUUGCACAACACGAGUUGAUGAGGAAAAAAAUAAUUCUCGGCCGCGGCCAGCCAUGAGCUGUUUGGAUGUUAUGUACCAAGUCUACGGUCCUUCCCAGCCCUACUUCGCAGCGACCUACAGCCCCUACCACCAGAAACUCGCCUUUUACUCCAAAAUGCAAGAAGCCCCGGAGAGCAGCAGCAGCGCCAGCAGCUCCUUCUCCAGCCACCCCGCCGCCAGCAUCAAGGAGGAGGACUGCAGCCCCGAGAAGGAGCGACCUCCCGAGGCCGAGUACAUCAACUCCCGCUGCGUCCUCUUCACCUAUUUCCAGGGGGACAUCAGCGCCGUGGUGGACGAACACUUCAGCCGGGCGCUCAGCCAGCCCAGCAGUUUCUCGCUCGGCAGCGCGAAGGCGGCUCGGAACGCCGGCUCCUGGCGGGAUGGCUCCUUCCCGAUGAGCCAGCGCAGCUUCCCGCCGUCCUUCUGGAACAGCACGUACCAGCCUUCCUCAGUCCCAGCCACCCUGAGCAGCCCCUUGGCAGCUGCCACCCACAGUGAGCUGCCCUUCAGCGCCGCUGCCGACCCCUACGCACCCGCCUCCCUGCACGGCCACCUGCACCAGGGGGGCCCCGAGGCCUGGCACCAUGCUCACCACCAUCACCACCACCACCAUCACCACCCCUACAUUGGGACACAGAGCACUGCCUACCCCCGCCCUGCUGCCAUGCACGAGGUGUACGGGCCCCACUUUGACCCCCGCUACAGCUCGCUCCUAGUGCCCACCGCCUCUGUCCGCCCCCACCGCCUCACCCCUGCCUCUGUGCCCACACCAGUCAGCCCCCCCUGUGAACUGGGCAAGAGUGAGCCGGGCACUGCAGCAGCCUGGACGACACCAGGACCCUUCCCCAGCGCCGCGGGGGACAUGGCACAGAGCCUCGGCCUCAAUGUGGACACAGGUUUGCAGCCUCAGGAUAAAAGCAAGGAUCUAUACUGGUUUUAGAGCUGUCCUUCACUCUUCUCCCCCUGGCUCUCCCUUGUAGAUCUCUGCCUGUUACACAUGGUGGCAUUCAGAGCUGAAAUCCAGUCAGUUUGUAACAGCUUCUGAUCUUGGUUUGCAGCUCAUCGUUACUCCUUCUGUGGUGGAUCCCUUCUGAGCUGAUCUGCUGACUCAAAGACUCCCAGAUCUCCCCUUGCCCUUCUCCAAGUCCACCGUGGCCCUGCAGCUCGGGGAAAGACAACAGGACUAAAAAGGACCUGGAUUUGUAAGGACGGUACUCUAGACUUAUUUUGGAGAGGAAAAUCCUUCUGCUGCAAGAGGACAGCCAAAGACAUUAACUUCUAUUUAAGGAGACCCCAUACCCAGAACUGCAGUCAGACUACUUUAAAAGGGUCAAAUGACGUCAUGGAUUGUGAUGCAAAACCACCAGCCUUCGCACAGGGGGCAGAGGAAAUCAUGGGUUGUUUUUUUUUAGUGGUGUGAAUAUUUUUUUACAGCGGUGAAAGUUAUUUCUUGAAUGCAAACACGGGAAAGCUACUUAGCAGUUUUGAACUGGAUUUUUAUCUCACAUUAUAGAAAAGUAAAAGGAGAAGAAACUGGGACACACGAACAUUUUGGACUGUCAAGGAACUGGUCUGAUUUUUCAGCUUUGUGGUUGUGAGUGGCAAGUGUUUGGCCGGGGGCCAGCUGCCCUGGGCUUACAGCGAUGCAGCUGUUCCACGCACAACUGCUCAAACCCCAGAAAGAAGAAAACCGAGGUGGCACUUCUCAGAGUUUGGCACAACAGUUGCAUUGGAUAUAUAACGGUUGUUUGGUUGUGGUUUUUUGUUUUGUUGUCGGGUUUGUUGGUUUUUUGUUUGUUCGUUUUUUAUUUUAUUUUAUUUUUUACAAGAAAUAUUUUCUGGUGAAAGUAAAACCUUCUUAAAGCAGGGGGAGGAAGGAAACCUGUGAAGAACUGCCUGUCCUCAACCUGACAGCAUUUAAGGGGAACACCAGCAGGAAAGGCACUUGAUGGACAAUACGUCUGAGUUGCCUCUAACAUUUCUCUUUGUUUACUUGUUGCUGUCAAUUUGUCACUUUAAUAUUUGUUUUGUUUUUGAAAGGGGGAAUAAGAUAACUAUUUAAUGGUAGGAAAGCUGCAUUAAAGGUGUCUCCUUUCAGCCUGUGUGAUUUUCUGAAGAAUUAAUGCUAAAUAAGAAAAAUGAAGCAAACUGGAAACUUGAGGAUGAAAUACGAAAAAUACCUGUCAUGUGGAUUAAGUUAGUAAUUUUAUUACUUUUCAUUAAAGAUAAAUAGAAAUCCUA